UCCUCUCCUUAACCUCCAGAACGCCUUUUUGAGACCAGAGUGUGUGUGUCAGACAGAGGAGGAAGGUGGCGGAGGGAAGCAACGGAUCUGGCGCCCCACGAGGGCUGGAGAUGGGAAUGAGAGUGCCGAAAGGUUGCAAAGACAGAGUGACAGCGGCCCAGACUGUGCGGAAGUUACUGGAGCAAAAACGACUGCAGCAGUCGGCGCAAGGACACAGCCCUGGAGCCCUGAUCCCUCCGAGAGCUGUAGAAACAAGCCAGCCAGCAGAGCCCCUAUUCCUACCGUCCCCUGCAACAAUAGAAGGAAGGGGCCCCCCUAGACCAACACCUCUUGAGUACCCAGUGACCACCUUUCCAACCUGGGAGCCAGAUGUCACACAGCGCACCACCUUCCCCCCUAGCUGCCCCUACCAGCCCGGGGAUGAUGUCAACUGCUGCCUCCCGUCUCCAGGGCCUGACCCGUAUGAUGUGGCGAGCGCCUUCGUUCCCUUGGAACCCAGUGCUUAUGGGGCAGCGGGAUCUGGUGCUACUGAGCCGGUAUAUAGUUCCAAGAUGCCACCAGCACUACCUUAUGAGCAGGCAGCUGCUGAAGCCCAGGACUCGAAUCUCUAUACGGGGCUGAGGAGCAGCUGGACGGAGCAAAACCAGAACAACGCCUAUCUCCCUGUCCCUGGGAAUUACCAAGCCGCCUUUGUCGAUGUGGAUCCAGUGGAACUGGCUCAAGCUCGGGCGCAGAUCCAGAAUGUGGGCUUGGCACAUCUCCUGCAGCAGGAUGAAGACGGGGACACGUGCCUCCAUCUGUUUGUGGCCCAAGGACGCCGCCCACUGGCAUACGCCGCCGCCGAAAUGCUCCGAGACUGUGGGAGGCUGGACAUCAAAGAGCAUCGGGGAAAGACUCCACUCCUCGUAGCAGCCGCAGCGAACCAGCCGGAAAUUGUGAAAGACCUGAUCAUGUUGGGCGCAGACGUCAACGCAGUGGACCAGAAGGGACAGACGGUCUUGCAUCUCGCCACCACCUAUGGGCUGUCCAGGGUUAUUGAGGCUGUCAUGAUGACUCCCGUUCAUGUCAACACAGAAGCCCGAAAUUUUGAAGGGCUGACUCCCCUGCAUUGCGCCAUCAUCGCUCACAAUGCUGCCCAGGGCUCAGAACCGUUGUCUCAGGAGCUGUUGCAGUGCAUGCGCCUCCUCUUGCAACUCGGAGCAAACUACAGGUGCCAGGAUCUGAAGAGCAACAAGACCAUCCUGCACUUGGCCGUCCAAGCUGCCAACUUGCCCUUGAUCGAUUUUCUCCUCCGUCUGCUUGGACAAAAGGUUCAGAGCUUUAUCAAUAUGAAGGCCCAUGGGAAUACUGCACUGCACAUGGCCGCUGGUCUACAUGGGCAACCUUUCCAGGAACACCUUGUGCAUCUGUUGCUACAACAUGGCGCAGACCCCAGUGCCCGGAACCUGGAAAACGAACAGCCGGUUCAUUUAUUGGCUCCUGGACCAGCAACAGAGCAGCUUCGCCUUUUGCUAAGGAGCCGGAGACUCGGCCCUGGCCCAGCUUACCUCCCUUCUCUUCCCUGAUGGCAGCUUGAUGGGUGAAUGCUCCUGGCCAGGAAUUAGCAGCAGAAUCUAUUUGUUUCUCAAGCCACCUCAGGGAUGAAGAAGUCAUCCAUCAUGUUAUUGUUUUGGUGUGUUUUUUUUUUGGUGUUGUUGUUUUUUAAAAAACAGGGUUGUUGUCUUGUACUGGCUGUAUUUAACUAAGUUAUUGGCCUUGAGGCUCAUAUGCUGGCUGCUUCCUUGCUGAUGCUAGCAAAAAUUUUACAUGUUCAAGGGUUGGUUCAGAGAAUCAGCAGGUGUGACUUGCUGAUUCUCUGUCACGAAUGUGGAGAAUAAGAAGUUACUCUUUUGACCUACAAUUCCCAGAAUUCUUCAGCAACUGUGGGUCCAAUUCUAAAAGUCAAAGUUGAACAAAAGUGACUCUUUUUUUAGUUUAGUGGAAAUAAUUGGCAGUGCUUCUUUGUAAGUGAUGCAUCUUCCUCUUCAUCAUGGCCUUCUCCCAGGCAGAAUGGGAAGAACAUCAUCCCCACCACACUGUUCCACGUCAUCAGCAAGGAAACAGCUCAGGAUCUGAGCACAAGUCCAUUCAGCUGGCUCGCUUCUCCAUGAGAGCUUAACAAGGCAGUGGACCGCGCUCAUCACUUCUCCUCCCCUGUCCCUGCCCUGCCAUGUAUAUCAUUUCUGUGAAAUGAAUUUUGAACUUGAACCAUAUUGGUUCGUAGAAACUCUGGAUCGAAUAGCAUGGGACUGGUCUUGCUAGAGAACUUGCUUAGGCAGGAGACAAUCCUAUAUGUGUCUGCUCAUGAAGAAAGUCCUGUUGAGUUCAAUGGGACUUCCUCCCUGAGAAGGCAGGGUUGCAGCCUUCAGACCAUUUCCAUCUUGAUCCACCCACUGAGGCCAGGUCCAGAUCCUAAGAGGAUUCCUCUGCCAUCUGAAAGGGCAACAUCUCCACCAGAUGCAUCACCUGGAAACUGUGGUGCCCUAGUCAUCUCAGAGAUCGGAAACAUUACUUUUUUUAAGCUACAGUUCCCAGAGCUCACCACUGCCUAUAGUGGUUGAGUAGUACUGGGAGCUGAAGUCUGAAAAGAGGCCAUUUUGUCAAACUUGUGAGUUAUCUAAGCUGCAGCUAGUGAAUAUUUCCUUACAAUGCAAAGAUGGGGAAUCUGUGGCUCUCCCAGUGCUAUUGGAGCAAAAGUCCUCUACGCUCCAACCAGACUGGGCAAGAGAAAGGGAUUAUCUACAACAACGUUUGAAGCGUUACCCAUCCCUUAUCUCUUUCUUAAGAGUCCCUCCACCAUGAAAACCUGACUGGUUUAACUGUUGUUUCCUCAGUUCCUCCAGGAAUCCAGGGAGUUCUACUCCAGUGAGUGGAAGCAGAUGUUUCUGUGCCUUGACUCUGUUGGUAAAGGGCAGCUCUUUACAAUUCUUUGUGACAAGAGUUAAACUGGUCUUAAAGUUCUGAUUGUAGUGGAGUGUUGCCCUUUAAAGGUAGAGGAGCCCUGUCAGGACAUGGAUCUGGCAAUGUGAUUAAUUACGCCCAACACAACCUGGGGCCAAUAACAUGCACAGUUUCAGUGCUCCCCCUCUGAUGCUUGAUAUCAAGUGUGAUGGAGGGCCUUCGGUGUUUUAAGCUGCAGGGAUAAACACUGCGUGUUUUUGUUGUUGAUUAGGCUCCGGCCUGCGAUGCACCCUCUCACAGCAUCUGUGCCCAGAAAACCUGUAGCCAGGACUCUGGCUUAAUUUAGAGCCCUGUGUGGCUCUUUUUACCUUUCUUUCUCUCUCUCUUUCUCUCCCCCCCCUUCCCUUCUCCACCUCCAUGAGUCUUUGGGCUCCUCCUUACUCUCAACAAAUGUAUUUCCACAAAGUGGGAAACCAACCUCUUAACUUUUUCUGCUGCCUUGUCCACAGCCUGGAAACUUCUUUUGAAAAACAAUUAUGUGCUCAGCAAAGGCCCCCAAGAGUAACUCAUCACAAGCAGAGACACUCCCAAAAAGUGGCUGAUGGCUCUUGUUAUUCAAACGUCAGCAAAAGAGUUGCUUAUUUAAAAGAAAAUCUGAAUGCCAGAAGCCGACAGUCUGGG